AACCGAAAAAGUAACCGAGUCACAGUGCAGUAAUUGGUAGCUUGCUCAGCACCACGCAGGAGAGGGAUGUCGAGCUUCCCAACUUCACGAGUUUCGGACAACCAAACAUCAACACGAGUAACACAGAGUGCAUCAGGGGCAGGCGUUGGGAGGUCAAGGAUUUCGCCUGUGCAUAUACUAAAAAAGACUCAACCUAUUGGCGGAGUAGAGGCACACAAGGCCAUUGGUAGUCCCGGCCUCGGGGGACCCUCAGGCGAGGGACAAGAGCACGAGGCUGUUGGCGGUGGUGUUGUUCGGACAGAGGCGACCACCAAACAGCACCCACCACCGGCCCGAAUCUCCACCGCCGCCAAUCUCAUCCCCACCGUAGCCCCCACCAGUGCCAUCCGCGUCAUUAUUCCGCCAGCCCAAACGACCAUCACCUCAGCCGCCGUCACCACCAUCCCUAUCAUCGCCCAUAGCCUCCACCAAGACCAUCUAUGGGAGAAAGAGAAAAGUACACAGAUCUACUGCAGAUUUAACCAACCACCAUCGCCGCCACAGCUCCACGACCGUCGGCACCCUACCAUCGGCGCGCAGCCCUACCUUUCCGCCAUUGUGGUAUAGAUCUAAAAAAAAUAAGGAGAAAGAAAAGAAGAAAGAGAGGAAGCAGUGCAGACUAGCCAUCGACAUCGCCGGCCGCCACCAUCCCCGCGUAGAUCUAGAAGAAUGAUGGAGGAGAAACAAGAAGGGAAAGAUAAAUUAAAGAAGAAAGAUGGAGGAGAAACAAAAAAUAUAGAGAGGAAGAAGAAGAAGAUUGAAGAGAGGGAAGAGGAAGGAUUCGCAGAGAUGGAGAAGAAAAGGAGAGAAGAAAAAGAAAAAAUGAAGAGACGAGGAACGG